GCCCGAAACAGCAGCAACUUUUACGCCCUCGAGCCAGCAAGCAGCGACCCGAUGAGCGCCCGGAAGCCGCCAAGUCUCGCGCUCCAGCCCGCGCUCGUCCAGGACAACAUCCCGUCCGAAGUCGUGCCCAAGCUCUGGGUCGGCUCGAUCCAUGCGGCCUUCAACUUUGAGGCCAUCAAGGAGCGCAAGAUCACGCAUGUGCUCAACGUCUCGGGCACCGUCGCCACGUACCCGCAGGACUUUACGUACCUUACGAUCGACCUCCGCGACAAGGAGUACACAAACCUCCUCAGCUGCCUCCCCGUCACGACCGUCUUUCUCGAAGCGGGUAUGCAGAACGGCGGCGUUCUCGUCCACUGCGCGGGCGGGCGGUCGCGGUCGCCGGCGAUCGCGAUGGCCUACAUCAUGCUCACACAAGGCUUUCCGUACGCCGACGCCUUUGCCAAGCUACGGGCCGUGCGACCAGUCGUCGCGCUCAACACGGGCUUCGAAGACCAACUGCAAUGCUUGGAAAAGGCGCAGCUCGAUGUCUUUAGAGCCCAUCAGCUGUUACUCCAGACAAAGAUGGUACGGGCGCGGACCCGGCACGCGCAGCAUUUGCCCAUCGAGCUCGACCCGAUCAAGAAGAGCGCCGAGACAGACAAGCGCAUGCUGCUCGGCAUCGUGCCGAGUGGGUUUUACCUCACACGGCCGUCGUCGCCCAAGACACAGCACUUUAUCCCGCCGCUACGGUCCAUGGGCCACGUUUACGGCUGCGUCGAGUGUAGCACGACGCUCUUCUGCACGGCCAACGUUCUCAAGCACACGCCGAGCACCGACGCGGCAGCAUGGACGAUUGCUGUGGACCGCAAACGCGCGGCGAGCUGUCCCGAGACGCCGCGCGGCCGCCAGCAGGUGCCGUCCCGACCGUUCUCCGUCGACCCGAACGCGAGUCCGUUUGACGACGACGACGACGACGAAGUGGCGAAUCGCCCGGACGCGAUCGCCGACCAGCGCGUGCUCGAGUCGAUGCUGCGUGACGUCGCCAGCCUCGAGGUUGUCCCGUCCUCAAUUCACGUGACGUCACCGACCAAGUCGGUGUCAUCGCGAAAAAAGAUAUGGCGCGCGUGGUCCAAGCAGUUUAGCUUUCGGCUCACGAGUCCGACCAACGACAGCAGUGACAAGACGACCAAGACCAAGACCAAGGCGACGCCGGACGCCGAGCUCAGUACGUGGCGCGCGCAGCUCAAAGAGCUCGAAAAGCGCGGGUCCCGAUGCCAAAUACGCCGCGUCUCGGCCGUCAUAAGCGACGACGAAAAGCACUUUGCGGCGCUCACCAGUGGCUGCGACCUGUGGUAUCUCGAGCCCUUGCGGUGGUUCGGGCCAAUGACGGCGGCGACGGGCAGCGUCAAGUGCCCGAAAGAGGGCUGCGCACACAUUGUAGGGCAGUGGCAGUGGGACGCGACGACCUCCAAGUGUCUUUGUGGGGGACGGGUGCAUCCAGCGUUCACCGUCAAGCAGUCGGCCGUGAAGUUGCUUCCGAUGGCGACGCGGCUGCCCCCCACCCGCCCCGAGCGCCAAGAGACUGCCAACUGAGGACUCGCUAGUGAAUGGUUGUAAACCGUUAAACCGUUAACGUCUGCUUGACGGUUCAGACACCA